AUGCCUCAGGCGUGUGCUGCGUUUGGCUGUUUGAACAGAAGAAACGUUAAAAACAGGCAACGCGGGAUAACUUUUCACAAGUUUCCCAAAAAUCCUGGACUAAGGAACGCUUGGGCCAUAGCUCUUGGGCCAGCAGUUAGACGGAAGGAUUAUGAGCCUACAGAUGCUACAUUUCUCUGCAGCUGUCAUUUCAAUGCAGAUGAUUUUGACAGAACUGGGCAAACUGUGUAUGUGAAGGAAUGUGUGAUCCCUUCAGUUUUUGCAUCCUUUCCUGACGAUCUGAAAAAAUUACCCAAUAAAGCCAGAUCAACUAGGACAUCAACACAAGCUGGUGAGUCAAGUGAUGAUCCUGUGUCUGAAUCUCCUGACCCGCAGAACUCCUCAACCUCAGUAAGUGAUCAUCAUUAUGCCCUUGACCCUGACCAAGUUAAAUAUAAGUUAGCUGAGGCUGAAGUGAGAGUCGAGGAGCUGCAGAGGCAGUUGAGAAACGCCGAGGAUCGUGAAAGGAGACAGAAACAAAAUGUAUUGCUGGCUAAUGACUGUGACACGGCCUCCUCUCCAUUUGAGGACGUGGUCUGUAGUGUCAUCCUGGACCACAGUUACCUGCCAACUCACUUCGGAGUGAAAGAGGUUAAAGAGCUGAAGACUUCAAUCAACAAGCGAAACAAGGAGAUUGACGAGAGGUUUGAACUACUGGAACAAAGGAUUGACGACUUGGAGCAGUACUCCCGUGCUGAUGACCUUAUCAUCAGUGGGUUGGCUACUAAACAUCGCAGCUAUGCCAGGGCUGCAGCCACAACUACUGAUCAUUUUGGGGAGGACUUCGCACCAUUUGAGGAGCUGCGCACUCUAGAGCAAUAA